UAAUGCAAUUAUAUGUUGUUUUUACAGAACCCGUACCCUGUUUUAUUUCGAAAUAAAAAUCGGAAGUUACGCACUGACUAUUGCGCAUGCCCACAUCUAAGGCACGUACACGUGGGACUCUGUGGGGCUGGAGCUAUGUCUAAAACAAAACAAAAACGAGCAAAACGCCUUGGUUUUGGGAGGAAAUGUAAGAAUAAAGAUGGGAAAAAUGCUGAUGCUUCAGGGGGGAGGAGUUCUCAGGAUCAGUCAUCUGUGCAACAUGACAGAAAACCAGAAGAAACCAGAAAGCAAAGGCUUCAAGUGCUCAAAGAAAAGCAGAAGAUCUCCAGAGAACAACAGCUGAUGAAGAGGAGGAAUUUGCAAAGCUUUCAAAAUGACAUCCUACAGAGGCAGAGAGCGUUUGAGCAGAGGGAAACAGAGAUGCAGAGUUUAGAAAAGCAUGUGCACUUUGAAAAUGAGAAUUCAAGAAAAGCAUAUUAUAGAGAAUUUAAAAAGGUAGUGGAGGCUGCAGAUGUGAUCUUAGAAAUUUUGGAUGCACGUGACCCACUGGGGUGCAGAUGCCCUCAGGUUGAGCAGGCAGUCAUUCAAAGUGGAACAAACAAAAAAAUUGUGUUGGUGUUAAAUAAAAUUGAUUUGGUAUCAAAGGAAAUUGUGGCGAAGUGGAUUAAGUAUCUGCGGAAUGAGUUUCCCACAGUGGCUUUUAAGGCAUCUACACAACAGCAAUCCCAAAACUUGAAACGCAGUCGUGUGUCAGUGACUCAGGCCACCACAGAGCUCCUUAGCAGCAGUGCUUGUAUUGGUGCAGAUUGCUUGAUGAAGCUACUCGGUAACUACUGCCGCAACCUUGACAUAAAGACAGCCAUCACUGUAGGUGUUGUAGGUUUUCCUAAUGUUGGGAAGAGCAGUUUGAUCAACAGCUUAAAACGCACAAGAGCAUGCAAUGUUGGAGCCACUCCUGGUGUCACCAAGUGCCUUCAAGAAGUGCACUUGGACAAACACAUUAAGCUUCUUGAUUGUCCAGGCAUUGUCAUGGCAACAUCAACAACUGAUGCUGCAAUGAUUCUCCGUAAUUGUGUGAAAAUUGAACAGCUGGUUGAUCCACUUUCACCCGUUGAAGCCAUCCUCCGACGUUGCAACAAGGCACAAAUCCUCCAGCACUAUGGAGUACCCGACUUUCACACAGCUCUGGAAUUCUUGGCGUUGCUUGCGCGGCGUCAGGGCAAACUAAGAAAAGGCGGGCUGCCUGACACCGACAAAGCAGCGAAAAGCAUAUUGAUGGACUGGACAGGAGGAAGGAUCAGCUAUUUCACUCACCCCCCUGAGACACACACACUUCCUAUGCAUGUCAGCGCUGAGAUUGUAACAGAGAUGGGUAAAGCUUUUGACUGGGAUGAACUUGAAAAAGGAAAUCAGGAAGUUCUUGCAGAUUCAUCUUGUUCUGAUAUUCAAAUGGGAUUCUGCAUCGAAAACAUGGGAAUGACAAAUGGCAACCAGGCUCCAGCGCACUUUUACCAAGAAAUUGAAGGGGAGUCAGUGCAGGAGCCAGAAUUAAAAGAUGAAGAUGAAUCUAUGGAGGAUGAUCAGGAUGCAGAGUUUGGACCAAUGACAGUGGAGCUAAAAUCUCAGAGGUGGAAGAGUGUCUUGCCUGAAAUUAAGGCCAAGGUUCCAGAUUUGAAGGAUAUUGUUAAUGUACAUCCUUUACAACAAGGCCAGGCGCUUUUGGCUGCUGUCAAGAAGCGGAAGAAGCAACAAAAAAGAGCUGACAAACUUUCUACCAAACUCUCAGACACCUUGAUAUCUGCAAUGGAUUUCUCGUUUUGUGACAGCUGAUUAAAGGAGUACUAAAAGAU